UUUGUUUAAAUGUGUUGCUAUGCAGUUGCUAGGUUGUGCUGGGUGUUUCCAUCACUCAUUGAUAAAAUGCUUUAGUUUCUUAACCAGAAGCAGAAAUGUGUGUUGCUGUGCAGACGAUGGGGUGUGUUAAAAGUGUUUCUAUAUGGUUGCUAAGUAUUUUUACUGUCUUGCCAUGUGGUUGCUACAGUGUUCUGAGUGUUUAGUGUGUUGCCAUGGCGUUUAAGUGUGUGUCUAUGUGGUUGCUAGGGUUUUUAGAUGUGUUUUAUGUGUUGAUAUGUGGUUGCUACAGUGUUCUGGGUUUGUUUAGUGUUUUCUAUGUGGUUGCUAUGGUGUUCCAAGUGUUUAGUUAGUUGCCAUGGUGUUUUAGUGUGUUUCUAUGUGGUUGCUAGGGUUUUUGGAUGUGUGUUAUGUGUUGCUAUGUGGUUGUUACAGUGUUCUGGGUUUGUUUAGAAUUUUUAUAUGUGAUUGUUAGGGUGUUUUGAGUGUUUAGUAUGUUGCCAUGGUGUUUUAGUGUGUUUUAAUGUGCUUGCUAGGGUUUUUUGAGUGUUUAGUGUGUUGCCAUGGUGUUAUGGUGUGUUUCUAUGUGGUUGCUAGGGUUUUUGGAUGUGUGUAAUGUGUUGAUAUGUUGUCGCUACAGUGUUCUGGGUUUGCUUACUGUUUUUCUAUGUGGUUGCUAUGGUUUUCCAAGUGUUUAGUUAAUUGCCAUGGUGUUUUAGUGUGUUUCUAUGUGGUUGCUAUGGCUUUUGGAUGUGCGUUAUGUGUUACUAUGUGGUUGUUACAGUGUUCUGGGUUUGUUUAGAAUUUUUAUAUGUGAUUGUUAGGGUGUUUGAGUGUUUAGUGUGUUGCCAUGGUGUUUUAGUGUGUUUCAAUGUGGUUGCUAGGGUGUUCUUGGUGUUUCUGUACUGUUUAUAGUGUAUUGGAUCUUCUAAUAUGUGAAAGUGACUGAAGCUUCUGCUUGUUAUUGUGUGUAUUGCAGGUCAGUGUUGAAGAUGGUAUCUCCUGCGAUCGCCUUGGCUUUUCUUCCUCUUUUACUCACUCUGAUUAUCCGUUACCGUUAUUACUUUGUGCUGCUGUAUCGAGCGGUGCUGACCCGCUGGGUGCGGGACUGUUUAUCGGGCAUCAGUCGAGAGGAACGGGCCUUUCAGUACAUACUUACCCACGCAACACCUGGAGACUCGCAGAGCAUCCUGGACACCUUCGACACGUGGUGCAGUAAAGUGGAGUUCAUCAGCAACAUCGGGCCCAAAAAAGGGAAGAUUCUGGACCGUCUGCUGCAGGAGAACUGCCCGAUCACUGUGCUGGAGCUGGGCACUCACUGCGGUUACAGCACUGUCCGCAUGGCCCGCUCACUGCCCAUUGGUGCCCGCAUUUACUCUGUCGAGAUGGACCAGAGGAACGCCCAGGUGGCAGAGAAGAUCAUUCGACUCGCAGGAUUCGAUGACGAUAUGGUGGAGCUGAUCCAGCGUCCAUCUGAUGAAGUGAUCCCGCGUCUGCGUGAGGAUCUGGGCGUGGAGCGUCUGGAUCUGGUGCUGAUGGACCACUGGAAGCGAUGUUACCUGCCUGAUCUGCAUCUGCUGGAGGACAGCGGUCUGAUCGGCCAGGGCUCCAUCAUCCUGGCCGAUAACGUCAUCUUCCCCGGAGCACCCAAUUUCCUGCGCUACGCCCGGCGCUGCGGCCUGUAUGAGGUUAGAGUUCAUCGCGCCACGCUGGAGUACAUGCGCGGCAUCCCCGACGGCAUGGCGGAGCUCACUUACAUCGGCAUCAAGUAAAUAGUAAUCAUCAUUGCUCACAUUUAUAUGGCGCUUUUCUGGACACUCAAAGCGCUUUUGUGGGGGAAUAUCAAUGUCAUCCAAAGAACAUUAGUGAAGAGAUGACCUUAUAAACCCGUAACAGCAUGGUGUCACUAAUAAGACUCAUCAUCAAGUAAAAAUUGCAACACUUGAGGUUUUUUGAGGUUUUGAUUAGAAAGAUAAUAAAUAGAAAUUCACAAUGUU